AAAUAUUUUUCCGCACAUUCUUAUGAAUUUUCAUAAUAUCCUAGCGAAUCGGCAACGGCGCCUCGCUUUGUUCGCUCCCACCACCAGCCAGUUUUCCAGCGACUGAACCGCCGAGGAACUAGCGAACUGUCAUUGACAGAAAACGAACUUGUUGAGAAAGAGAAACCCAUACCCAGCGAAAAGACUAUCACCACAAACACGCCCGGUGUAGUGAGUGUACGAAAAACUCAGUAAAAACAGCAAUAAACGUCGUCAAUUAACCAAGUUCAACGUAACGUGAAACGGUUCGCCUUCGGUCUGUGGCGACUUGAUGUGAUCGCGGCUCAAGUUAUCGGGUGGUUCUUUGUGUAGCUUCGCCAUGGCCGACUCGACGGAACAGAAGGAAGCCAAGGACCGUUUCGAUCCGGAGUUGAAGUUCCUCUACGUCGACAGGAACAACUUCAACGACCCGGCAACUCAGGCGGAAUGGACCCAGAAAAGGCUCGUGUGGGUGCCUCACGAGACGCACGGCUUCGUGGCCGCGAGCAUCAAAGGCGAAAAGGGGGAUGAGGUUGAAGUGGAGCUCCAGGAAACUGGAAAGAGGAUCGUGGUGCCCAAGGAUGAUAUCCAGAAAAUGAACCCUCCCAAGUUCGAUAAGGUCGAGGAUAUGGCCGAACUGACAUGUCUCAAUGAGGCAUGUGUCCUGCACAACCUCAAAGACCGGUAUUAUUCUGGCCUCAUUUAUACCUAUUCCGGGCUGUUUUGUGUGGUGGUCAACCCCUACAAGAAGCUGCCUAUUUACACAGAAAAGAUCAUGGAGAGGUAUAAGGGGAUCAAACGACAUGAAGUUCCACCUCAUGUUUUUGCCAUAACAGACACUGCCUAUAGGUCGAUGUUACAAGAAAGGGAAGACCAGUCCAUACUUUGUACGGGAGAGUCCGGCGCUGGCAAAACAGAAAAUACGAAAAAAGUGAUCCAAUAUUUAGCGUAUGUAGCAGCAUCAAAAUCACCGAAAGGCUCAGGAGCGCAGAAAGACCUUAUCGGAGGAUUAGAACAACAAUUACUUCAAGCAAACCCCAUCCUAGAAGCAUUUGGUAAUGCCAAAACUAUCAAGAACGACAACUCUUCACGAUUUGGUAAAUUCAUUAGAAUAAACUUCGACGCUUCAGGAUACAUAGCCGGGGCGAAUAUCGAAACGUACCUUCUAGAAAAAUCUCGUGCCAUCAGACAAGCGAAAUACGAAAGGACCUUCCACAUAUUCUAUCAACUUUUAGCUGGGGCGUCAGAAGCUCAAAGAAAGGAAUUCAUCCUUGAGGACCCGCGUUCGUACAGUUUCCUCCGCGAGGACAAUCACAUAGUGCCCGGCGUCGACGACGCCCAAGAGUUCCAGAACACGGUGAAGAGCAUGCACAUCAUGGGCAUGACGAACGAGGACUUCAGCGCCAUCUUCAGGGUGGUCUCGGCGGUGAUGCUGUUCGGAAAGAUGGAGUUCAAACAGGAUAGAAAUUCCGACCAAGCUACCCUCCCGGACAACACGGUCGCUCAGAAGAUAGCCCACCUUUUGGGUCUGUCGGUCACCGACAUGACCAGGGCGUUCUUGAAACCCAGGAUUAAAGUAGGCAGGGAUUUCGUCACGAAAAGUCAGACGAAAGAGCAGGUUGAGUUUGCCGUCGAGGCGGUUUCGAAGGCUUGUUACGAAAGGAUGUUCAAAUGGCUGGUUACCAGGAUAAAUAGAUCGCUGGGCAGGACGAAGAGACAAGGAGCCAGCUUCAUAGGCAUCCUCGAUAUCGCCGGUUUCGAAAUAUUCGACUUGAACUCGUUCGAACAACUGUGCAUCAACUACACCAACGAGAAACUUCAGCAGCUGUUCAAUCACACGAUGUUCAUUUUGGAGCAGGAGGAAUACCAACGGGAAGGCAUCGAGUGGAAGUUUAUCGAUUUUGGGCUUGAUUUGCAGCCCACCAUCGAUCUCAUAGACAAACCUAUGGGUAUUAUGGCGUUGCUUGACGAAGAGUGCCUCUUCCCGAAGGCCACAGACAAGACCUUUGUUGACAAAUUGGUGACAGCUCACACGACCCAUCCCAAAUUCAAGAAGAGCGACUUUAGGGGCGUUGCCGACUUUUCAAUCAUCCACUAUGCUGGAAAAGUGGAUUAUUGCGCCAAUCAGUGGCUGAUGAAGAACAUGGAUCCUCAGAACGAGAACGUCGUUUCGUUGCUUCAAGGUUCCGCUGACCCAUUCGUGGUCCACAUCUGGAAAGACGCCGAGAGUCUGGGUCGUGCCAAAGGCAUGUUCCGCACCGUUUCGUACCUAUACAAAGAACAGCUGGCCAAUCUGAUGGUAACACUUCGCAAUACGAACCCCAACUUUGUCCGCUGCAUCAUCCCCAAUCACGAGAAGAAAGCAGGCAAGAUCGACGCUCCUUUGGUGCUGGACCAACUGAGGUGUAAUGGCGUCCUCGAGGGCAUCAGGAUUUGCAGGCAAGGCUUCCCGAACAGGAUACCGUUCCAGGAAUUCAGGCAACGCUACGAGUUGCUCACGCCCAACGUUAUCAACAAAGGAUUCAUGGAUGGUAAGAAGGCGUGCGAAGCGAUGAUCAAAAGUCUGGAGCUGGACAAAAACCUGUUCCGCAUCGGUCAGUCCAAGAUAUUCUUCAGAGCCGGUGUGUUGGCUCACCUUGAGGAGGAGAGAGACUACAAAAUCACAGAUCUCAUAGUUAACUUCCAGGCGUUCUGCAGAGGAUUCCUCUCUCGAAGGAACUACCAGAAACGCGUGCAGCAACUGAACGCGAUUCGCAUCAUCCAGAGGAACUGCUCUGCGUACCUCAAGUUGAGGAACUGGCAAUGGUGGAGACUAUACACCAAAGUUAAGCCGUUGCUGGAGGUUACCAAACAGGAGGAGAAACUCAUGCAGAAAGAAGACGAAUUGAAACAGGUGAAAGACAAGCUGGAUCACCACAUAAAGUCCGCGCAAGAGUACGAAAAGAAAUACCAGCAAGCCCAAGAAGAGAAGAUGGUCCUGCAGGAGCAGCUCCAAGCGGAAGUCGAACUGUGCGCCGAAGCGGAAGAAAUGCGCGCCAGGCUCACGGCUCGGAAACAAGAACUGGAGGAGAUCCUCCACGACCUCGAAGCCAGGAUAGAGGAAGAGGAAGAAAGAGCUAAUACUAUGGCUAACGAUAAGAAGAAACUGCAGCUCACCAUUCAAGAUUUGGAAGAGCAGUUGGAGGAAGAAGAAGCUGCCAGGCAAAAACUGCAACUGGAGAAGGUCCAGUGUGAUAAUAAGUUGAAGAAGCUCGAAGAGGACUUGGCUCUAAGCGAUGAUACCAAUCAGAAGCUGCUCAAAGAGAAGAAGGUGCUUGAGGAAAGAGCUAACGAUCUGAGUCAGGCUCUGGCUGAAGAGGAAGAGAAGGCGAAGCAUUUGGCUAAGCUGAAGGCAAAGCACGAGUCCACGAUCGCUGAAUUGGAGGAGAGGUUGCUCAAAGAUCAUCAGCAGAGACAAGAGACUGAUAGGUCUAAACGAAAAGUCGAAACUGAGGUAAACGACCUGAAAGAACAGCUCAACGAAAAGAGGAUGCAAAUCGAAGAGUUGCAGUUGCAACUGGGCAAGAGAGAAGAAGAACUGGCUCAAGCUAUGGUCAAAGUGGACGAAGAAAGUGCUCAAAAGGCUCAAUCCCAAAAGGCGCUCAGAGAAUUGGAGAGCCAGCUGACCGAACUGCAGGAGGAUCUGGAAGCGGAAAAAGCUGCCAGGAGUAAAGCCGAGAAGAUGAAGCGCGACCUGAACGAAGAACUCGAAGCCCUGAAGAACGAACUUUUGGACUCGUUGGACACAACAGCGGCGCAACAAGAGCUGCGCUCCAAACGGGAACAAGAACUCGCCACGUUGAAGAAAACUCUGGAGGAAGAGACGCAAGUGCACGAAGUCGUGCAGGCCGAUAUGAGGCACAAGCAUACCCAAGAGCUGACGGCCGUCAACGAACAGCUGGAGAACCUGAAGAAGCUGAAAGCGACGUUGGAGAAGACCAAGCAGACUUUGGAGGCUGAGAAUGCCGAUUUGGCGACGGAGUUGAGGAAUAUCAACGCGAGCAGGCAGGAAGGCGAAAGACGCAGGAAGCAAGCCGAAAGUCAGCUCGCAGAACUUUCCGCCAAAUUAGCAGAAGUAGACAGAUCAAGGGCAGAAUUGCAGGAGAAGACGAUCAAGCUUCAACAGGAGGUCGAGAACGCUGCUCAACAAUUGGAACAAGCCGAACUCAAAGCCUCUACAGCAAUGAAGAACCAAGCCACGAUAGAGUCUCAAUUCGCUGAAGCUCAAGCGGCGUUAGAGGAGGAGACCAAGCAAAAGCUGUCUCUAAGCUCAAAAUUGAGGCAAUUGGAGUCGGAGAAGGAGACGCUCCAGGAACAGAUAGAAGAGGAGGAAGAAGCUAAGAAGAACCUUGAGAAACAGAUGGCGGCGAUGACCGCCCAGCUGGCCGAAGCGAAGAAAAAGGCCGAAGACGAAGCAGAACAGGCCGCCAUAUUGGAAGAGAGCAAGAAGAAACUCGCCAAGGAUUUGGAAGCGCUGCAGAGGCAAGUUGAAGACUUGACAGCCGCCAACGAUAAGCUGGAGAGGAGCAAGAAGAAGAUCGCCGCCGAACUCGAGGACGCGAACAUCGAUCUGGAGACUCAACGCCAGAAAGUCUCCGAGCUGGAAAAGAAACAGAAGAACUUCGACAAGAUCCUCGCCGAAGAAAAGGCAGUUAGCGAACAGCUCGGCACCGAAAAGGAAGCGGCCGAAAAGGAAGCCAGGGACAAGGAAACUCUCGUCCUGUCUCUGAAACGCGAACUGGACGAUUCCAACGUGAAAAUCGAAGAGUUGGAGAGGGUCAGGAGACAGUUGCAAUCGGAGUUGGACGAGUUGGUGAAUAACCAGGGUACCGCGGAUAAGAAUGUGCACGAGCUAGAAAAGGCGAAGAGAUCGUUGGAGAGCCAACUUGCAGAGCUGAAGGCUCAGAAUGAAGAGCUGGAAGACGAGCUGCAGCUGACCGAGGACGCCAAGUUGAGGCUGGAGGUUAACAUGCAGGCGUUGAGAGCGCAGUUCGAGAGAGAUAUUCAGGCAAAAGAAGAACAAGCCGAAGAAAAACGAAGAGGUAUAUUGAAGCAACUGCGUGAUUUGGAAGCGGAGCUGGACGAAGAAAGGAAACAAAGAGCCGCAGCUGUCAGCGCUAGAAAGAAGCUGGAGGGGGACAUAAAGGAAUUGGAAAGUCAGACUGAGUUACACAUCAAGGUGAAAGAAGACGCGCUGAAACAGCUGAAAAAGUCGCAGCAACAGUGCAAAGAGGCGGUCAGAGAAGCGGAGGAAUGCCGGGCGUCCAGAGACGAAUUGGCGGCGGGAUGUAAAGAGGCGGAAAGGAAAGCGAAGGCUAUGGAAGCGGAAGUACUUCAACUGGCCGAAGAGGUGGCGGCUGCCGAAAGGGCCAGAAGGGCCGCCGAAGCGGAGAGAGACGAAUUGUUAGAGGAGGUCAAUAGCAGUAAUAGCAAAGGUAGUCUCCUAAUCGAUGAAAAACGGCGGUUAGAAGCACGCAUCGCCACAUUAGAAGAAGAAAUUGAGGAAGAACAAAGCACCAAUGAACUGCUGCAAGAUAGAGCAAGGAAAGCACAGCUCGCUGCUGAGCAGGCUCAGGCAGACCUCGCCGCAGAACGUUCCGCCUUCCAGAAGCAGGAAUCUCAACGGUUGCUGCUAGAAAGACAGAACAAGGAACUUAAGGCAAAACUUGCGGAGCUUGAAACAGCGCAACGUACCAAGACCAAGGCAACGAUUGCAGCUCUCGAAAGCAAGAUUAGCAAUUUGGAGGAACAGCUCGAGGUGGAAGCGAAAGAGCGCCUCGCCGGCCAAAAGACGAACCGAAAACUGGACAAGAAAAUAAAAGAACUGCUGAUGCAGCUGGAGGACGAACGCAGACACGCAGACCAGUACAAAGAGCAAGUGGAGAAGAGCAACACGAGGGUGAAGACGUUGAAGAGGCAAUUGGACGAAGCCGAGGAGGAAAUUGCGAGAGAGAAAGCGCAGAAGAGGAAGGCUCAGAGGGAAUGCGAGGAUAUGCUGGAGAGCCACGAGAGCAUGACGAGGGAGAUCAACAACCUCAAGAGCAAACUCAGACGAGGUACCAUGGGCAUUUCCUCCUCUCGGCUGAGCUCGAGCACCAAACGUGGUUCCGUUCAAACCUCAUCGACCACAGGAAGCGGAAACGGAAGUGGAGACGACUCCACCACUCAGGAUGAGGCCAUGGACGGCGACGACGCUCCGAAUUAGAAUUCAAAUUGGAAACCAACUCAGUCGCUAUGCAUUUAAUAGACCACGAUGUACUAGACGCCAGCUUGGAAAACUGCUUUCGAAAAUUGAAUGUGGGUCACUCUCGAAGCGGCGCUGGACUCACAGAGUGUAUCGUGCGUAUUUUCUCGCGAAAGAGACUGCGGUGAAUUGUUUCUAUGGAAAUGUCAAAAAUUAAACAUACUUUUCGAUCAAUUUUGAGUUUCACAUGCAAUUUAAGGAUAUAGAGACAACGUUGACCAUAUGAAUUUGACAUUUGGUUUAAAGGUUCAGUAACUUUUCAAGGGUGCAAUUGACUAUAUAUUACGUGGUCUGUUUCCAAGAUUUUGAAGUUUAAAGCUUAAAAUUGUACCCACGAAGAAAUUUGAAGCAAAAUUUAUACAUGCAAAAAUAAGGAUUUUUUCGAGUGGCCCACGUUGUUGCAAUUUUAUUAUGAUUCACUACGUACUGCAUUUAAACGUUCUCCUUUAAAAGGAAAAGCGUGAAACGGUUGAGUUACUUUUUUUUCAUUUUGAAACUUUAUAUGUUUGGGUCUAAAUUACAUUUAUUGCAGUAAGAUUAUGUUGUCCUGGUGUUUAAGCGAAAGCUUUGAGGUCUGCUCACAAUGUCGUAUCGAGCACGUGCACCGAGGAUUAAAAAAAAUUCUGUGGGAACCGCAAAACAGCCCCUGCAUUCAGGCUUCUGCGUGCGAGGCUGCUUUGGUGUGAAAAAAACGUCUCCUGAAAAUUGGGGUACCGUUUUUAAUGUGUACUCGCUCUAGCAUACGUGAUUCUAUGUCUCUCUGUCUCAUAUACAGGGUUGGCCAUAGUAAAAUUCACUUUUGAAAACAAUGUAAAUAAAAGAGUUUGCUAUUUUUUAUGAUAUAAAGGAGGCAAUUUAUGUUUUGAAAAUGAUAUCAAUUUGGUUUCCAGAUGUUCGAAACGGCACCUCAAACGUCCCUUUUUUUAGAUAUCUUUUCAAUUUCCUAUUUGCAACAGUAUUUUGUCAAAAAAUGCAUUUUUCAAUCGGAACUUGUUAACAAAUAUAAGUACAGCUCUGAAAUUGUGUGUGAAUAUUCCUCUUUUAUGCAAGAAUGAAUCGAGUGAUUACUUUUGUUCUUAUCACUUUUCCUUUUCAAAAAAUCUUUGAUUUUCUUGAAGCAAAAAGAGCAAAAGUAAUCACUCGUUUCAUUCUUGCAUAAAAUAGGAAUAUUCACACAGAAUUUCAGAGCUGUACUUAUAUUUGCUAACACGUUCCGAUAGCAGAAAAAAUGCACAAAGAAUGCAUUUUUUGACACAAAAAAUGAAAACAUUGUUUUUUAGCCAUCUCUGUACGGGCCAUGAAAUUAUCAGAUGAAAAGGAUUUAGAAGAUUGCUGCAAACAGAAAGUUGAAAAAAUCUAAAAAAGUGGACGUACCACCUUAAGCACUAAUUGCUAUCAUAUUUUGGAUGGAACUUGAGGAAAAGAACCUCAUUUCCCAUCUUUCACCUCCAAAAUGUAUCGAUCAUGUUUACCUACAUUUGGAAUGCCUCGAUCCAAACGCGUAUGUCACCAUCAAAAUCACUCUAAAUUAUGACACGAUUCUAGUACGAUACGCUAAAAUGAACAGGCCUUAAUUUUUUUAUACAGGGUGUUUCGAGCUAGAAUGAGCAUAGUAAAUUAUACCGAGACCUUUCUUAUCUGACACUAAACAUUCUACGUUGUUUUUAAGGAUAAACAGGGUGUAACUUUUUUAUGUUCAGAUAUGUUUUUCACUGUGCCAAUUCGAGUACGAAACACUCUGUAUACGUGCUGAAAUUUAUUUUUGGACUAAAUUUAAUGUGUGCCUUUGAUAUAAAUUUUGUUGAUUUUCGAUUGACUGGACGAAGGUGGUAGUAAUUUAAUUCUUAUCGCAUCUGAACGACUGGUUUGGUAUCUGUAUAUGAAAAAUAUGCUUAUUUGUAUAUUUUAUAUAGUACUUAGAGGACGCCACUGUCCGCAUUUAAUAUAUAUACACACACUCGCUUUGUUUUGUUAUAUAACGUUGAGAGCAGCAUUUACCUACUUUACUUUUUUAUUCUUUAUUUUCGCAUUUUAUUUAUAUACACACAUGAAUUUGUAGUACGUUGAUUUUCAUUUACCCUCGGUACUUUUAUUACAUUAAUUAAGUGAUAAACUUAUGUAUAAUUUAUUUAGUAUCACUUCUUUUUCCUAAUCGAGUUCGCCAUAUGAUCGGUCAGAUUUUUUUCAAAUAAAAUUUUUUUGUUGCAUUUCUGAUCGAUGGUUCAGCGGAAAUCGUGCUAAUCGGGUACAUAUAACUUUUAUACUAAGCAACGCUAUUAAAAAAUAAAAUGAACUAGCUGUAGCUAUUAACCUUUUGAUACAUAUUUUGUAGAAAUAUAUAUUUUGUAAAAAUCAACUAUAUUUUAGUCUGAAACCGUUUUUGAUAUGCACGUUUUUGUAUUAUAAAGACAAUUUCCUGCAUUUUGUAAAUAUUCUAAUGUGUAUCUGGGUUAGGGGUUCAUCAUACUUAACUGAUGAAUAAAAUUUUAUAAAA